AUGUUGCCUAUUCCCGCAGAAAAGUAUCUCAGCAGUGGGAAUCUAUUUUCUAAAGAUAAUGGUCAUCCACCCACCGAAAAAACACAUCCUGAUCAUCGGAGUACUCCGAAAAUUAGGCCAAAGUCGAAUAAAAUGGGGUUGAUGUCGGGAAUUUUUAUGGGGACGGUCGUCGGGAUCGCAUUGAUGGCUGGUUGGAAACAUAUGAUGACAUACCGAAGCAAUAAGCGUGUUGCAAAGGCAGUUGAUAUAAAACUUCUUGGGUCCCUCAGCAGAGAUGAUUUGAAGAAAAUUUGUGGAGACAAUUUUCCUGAAUGGAUAUCCUUCCCUGUUUAUGAACAGGUGAAAUGGCUGAACAAACAAUUGAGCAAACUGUGGCCAUUUAUUGCAGAUGCAGCACAAAUGGUGAUAAAAGAAUCUGUUGAACCUUUAUUGGAAGAAUAUCGACCUCCAGGAAUUACUUCAUUGAAGUUCAAUAAACUGUCUCUUGGAAAUGUUGCACCCAAAAUCGAAGGAAUCCGUGUUCAGAGCCUUAAGAAAGGUCAAAUCACAAUGGAUAUUGACUUCCGAUGGGGUGGUGAUCCAAACAUCAUUUUAGGUGUUGAAGCUGCACUUGUUGCUUCUAUACCCAUUCAGUUGAAGGAUCUUCAAGUUUUCACUGUUGUUCGUGUUAUCUUCCAACUUGCUGAGGAGAUUCCUUGUAUUUCUGCCGUCGUCGUCGCCCUACUCUCUGAGCCAAAACCAAGAAUUGAUUAUACUCUGAAAGCAGUUGGUGGAAGUUUGACAGCCAUUCCUGGAUUGUCAGAUAUGAUUGAUGAUACUGUGGAUUCAAUUGUUACAGAUAUGCUCCAAUGGCCUCACAGGAUCGUUGUUCCAAUUGGUGGUAUACCUGUGGAUACAACUGAAUUAGAGCUUAAACCCCAGGGGAAGCUCACAGUGACUGUAGUGAAGGCAAAUGACUUGAAGAACAUGGAAAUUAUUGGGAAAUCUGAUCCUUACGUGGUUCUGUAUAUUCGACCACUGUUCAAGGUUAAAUCCAAGGUUGUUGAUAACAAUUUAAAUCCUGUUUGGAAUCAAACCUUUGAGUUGAUUGCAGAAGACAAGGAGACACAGGCUCUUAUAUUCGAGGUUUUCGACAAAGACAUUGGGCAAGACACUCGAUUGGGCAUAGCAAAAUUACGCUUGAUAGAUCUGGAAGCUGAAACUUCCAAAGAUAUUGAAUUGAGACUGAUGCCAUCACUUGAUAUGCUCAAAAUAAAAGAUAAGAAGGAUAGGGGAACUCUUACAAUUAAGGAAGAACAACUGGCUGCUCUUGAGGAAGAGAAGAGGAUUCUAGAAGAGAGAAAGAAACUGAAGGCAGAAGGAGUUAUUGGGAGCACAAUGGAUGCCCUUGAUGGUGCAGCAUCUCUAGUUGGUUCUGGGGUCGGGAUGGUUGGUACUGGUAUUGGUUCCGGAGUGGGGCUUGUAGGAACUGGCAUUGGGGCUGGAGUUGGGAUUGUCGGGAGCGGCUUUGGAGCUGUUGGAAGCGGCCUGAGCAAAGCUGGAAAAUUCAUGGGCAGGAGCAUCACAGGGCAGUCCAGCGCUGCAAAGAAGAGCGGCACCACAACUCCGGUGACCUCUGCUCUAGAAAAUGGCGGUGGUGCGAAGCCCCUGUAG